AUGUCCUUCCCCCCUCACUUAAACCGGCCGCUGUUACCCCCUCCAGGGAUCCCUCCACAGUAUGCUGGUUUCCCUUCAGGUGAGUUACUACCUGUCCCUGAAUAAAUAUGCUCCAUCGAUUCAUUUUAAAGGGGUAGUAGAAAGUUCAUACUAUUCUAUUCUAAACUGUUUAUACUAUUUUAUUUUAUCUUAUUUUUCUGAUCUCCUUCUACCUUAUGAGUUAGGUAGAGUCUUCAGGUCUUCAGGAAGUUCUCCGUAAACAUUAUUACCUCAAGUUAAAACCAAAUCAUAAAGUGAGGAACCUUUUUAUUACUACGGAAGAGCUUACCUGAAGACCUGAGGACUGUACCUAAUAUUGAUGACUUUAAAACCAAACUCAAAACCUACCUUUUUAGUCUUGCUUUAACUAAAUUUUAUAUCAUUAACUAGGGAUGUAACGAUAUGACAAAUAAACAUCACGAUUAUUGUGACCAAAAUUAUCAGGGUUAUCAAUAUUAUCAUGGUGGGUAUUUUAGGUAUUCUUUGUAUCUUUUAUUCCUAUUUCUGUGUAAUACACAGAAUAUGCUAUAUAAAUAAAGACUGAUUGAUUGAUGCGAGAGCAAAAUUCAUAGAUUUUCCUACUAUGUCCUCAGGUCAAGUAUUUGAAAAGUACUCUGUGUGUAAUUAAUGAUCAUGUUCUCUGGAUGUUGCAGCCACACCGAUGAUCCCGGUUCAUGUGGGCAUCAUGACCUCCACCCCGACAGUGAUGGUGCCCUCUGUGUCAGUGGUCAGCAAACCCCCAGUCCAUAAGAAAGACAUCGCUCUUCAACGAGCCAAAGACAACGACGAAAGCAGCGGCCCCACCACCACAGUGUUUGUGGGGAACAUAUCGGAGAAAGCUUCAGACAUGCUGAUCAGACAGCUGCUCGCGGUGAGUGUCACUGAACUUACAGAUAUGGUAUGUUUUUUAAAUGAUAACGUGGACAACCUGCUUAAACUGAACAUCUGCUCUUUUAUUUUGAUGUACUAGAAAUGUGGAAUUGUUCUGAGUUGGAAGAGAGUUCAAGGAGCGUCUGGCAAGCUUCAAGGUAAUCACAGUUCACACUCAGCAUCUUAAGAUCAGGGAAAUACCUGCGUCUGUUAUUAGCAAGGUUUUCCAAAAAUUUGGGCUAAAAAGCUGAUCUGCAAAUCCCGAAUUAUUUCACACAAAAUCACCGUUUUUGUUCAUGUUGCUUUGAAUCACAGAAAAUGUUUUUACUUGAGUUUCUGUCUGUUCUCAUGUCUGUUGCAGCCUUUGGGUUUUGUGAGUAUAAGGAGCCAGAGUCCACGUUAAGGGCCCUGCGGCUGCUUCACGACCUUCAGAUUGGUGAUAAAAAUCUUCUAGUGAAGGUGGACGCCAAAACUAAAGCUCAGCUGGAUGAGUGGAAGGCUAAGAAGAAGACUGCCAAUGGGGUAUGAUUGUUUUCAGGUUGUAGGUCUGCUCCUGUUUCGAUGGUUGUGUCUGAAAGUGACGACUUAAUCCGGAUAAAAUUUCCUGUGCUCGCAGAAUAAGAAGGCUGAGGAUGGCGGCGACGAUGAGGAGGAGGUUCUGGAUGAGGAAACACAGAAAAAGGAUCAGAUCGUCAAAGGAGCUAUCGAUGGAUUGAUGCGGGAAUAUGCAGCUGAACUCAACGCACCUUCAACAGACGAGGACUCCCAGCGGAGAAAGAGAAAGAAGGAGAAAAAAGAGGAGGUACACCCGCCGUGUUCGACCUCUGUUUUUGUUCUGCUUCUGCUCUGUUGUAGGUAAAAAAUUAACCGUUAUUUAACUCUGUUCGCAUUUAGGACGACAUCAACACGAUUGACAUGGAGGAGGACAAGAGAGACCUGAUCUCCAGAGAGAUUAGUAAAUUUCGAGACACUCACAAGGUAAAGUAGCUCUUUUGAUCUUGUAGUUGACAUUACAGGUUUUUGGACAGCAGCUGCUUACAUAGUUCACUCCUAGAGCUUGCACAUUUAGUCUACACAUUUACUAAGCUUUUCUUGCUCUCAGUAACAUGCAUACUGUGCUACAAAUUGGCAGUGCCUUUUAGUUCCACCACCAAACAUCAUAUUUCCCCCCCUUAACUAUAUGAAGUGUUUCAUGCUGUUCAAACACCAACGUAGGCAGACAGCUACAGUUUUUGUCACCCCUCUCAGGCCUCACUGAAACCUAUGACCACCAUAGUGAUAUGACUUAGGUGUGAAUAUGAUACAUCCAUUCUUCAUUCAUCACACAAAAAUGCAUGGAGACGAUGUAAAGUUACUUAAAAGCUAAUCUAUUCAUUAAACCCCACCAUUAUGAUAGUGAUCAUAUGGUGACUAAAGCAAGAUGAAUCUCAGAGCUUUGGAAAAAGUUGCGAGGAUAGGAUGUAAGUAUCAGCCUUUAUUUACUUUAUACAUAUACUGGGCGCCCCCCUCUUGAGGGCUUGCAUAGGGGCAACUGUUCUGCUCUUUUCUGUGUGUUGGUUCAGGGUUCUGAAGCCCUUAAUGAAGCCAACCGUUCACCAAAGUAAACACCCCCCUCACCCUUUCAUCCUCAUUCUGUGACUCCAUAAGUGACGCCCCUCCCUAAAGCCCAAGAGAGUCAGUGAACCUGUGCGAGUCCUCAGCAAAUGAUGGUCUGUCUUACUGGUGUUCAUGUUGAAGCACAAGGACUCUGUCAAUAACCACUGCAGUGACUUGGCUGUAGCUUUUUAUGAUGCUAGCGUAGGGGGGCGCCCUCUCCACAGCAGCACGCUGAUCUGAAGACUGAGGAGGUACGUGCUCUCUGUGUGUCGAGUGUGAUUUCCAUCCUCUCUCUCUCUCUCUCUCUAAGCUCUACAUCUUUGUCUCUCUGCCUUUUCUCUUCUUCUCUGUAACAUAGAUCAGUAUGUUCACGUAUGUAUCUUCAGAACUAAAGCUGGUAUAGAUGAAACAAAAGAGUCCAAACAGGAGAAUUGUGGUAAAUUUAUCUAACUACAGCGAUAUGGAAAGUUUAAAAUAGUCUAACGGCUGAAGUUACACUGAAGUUAGGCAGAUAAGGAAGUUCUAAAUUGAAGGUGUUACACUGAGAUCUCAUACAGAGUUAAACUCCUGCUCAAUAACCUGUGCUGUUAAAGUCUGCCCUGGUAGACGCUCAUCAGAGGUAAGUGAAAAGGCACCUGAACAGAUAAACGUGUUGAAACGAUCGAUGAUGGAGUCAAGUUAGAUUAAAGGAAAAAACAAACAUCACAGACGCUCUCAUGUGACAGGUUUCCUUCUCUCCUGCUGCAUCACACCCCAGGCUUUUGUUCAGUCUGUGUGUCCUGUUGAGAAUCUCACUUCCUGCGGCUGAAAUGACCACGACGUGAAAGUUUAGCGGCUUGAAGGAAAUCCAUUUUUAUUUGCUUGUUUUAACUCGCUGGAGUCGAGCCUAAGUACGGUUAAAUUCAGAUCUCCCCACUCAGUGUUUCGGUUGUACUAAACGUAGGGGACGCCGUAUCGCAGUGAAAGCCUCGUGUGUGAUGCCCAUAAUGGCAGAAUGUCGGUGUGUGUGUGUGUGUGUGUGUGUGUUUGUCUGGAUAAAAGUCGUGGAGAGCUGCUGAAGACUCCUGCAGGGGUAAGACCGUUUCUACAAUUUCAAUUAUCUGUGCAGAAAUGUAACUGAUGUUCAUAAUGUUCAUUUCUUGAUUUAGCACUGUACCCAGUACCAUGUUACCUGUUGAAAUAAAGGUGUUUCUUUAAUGAUGAUGAUGAUUUUGAUGAUGAUGAUGAUGAUGCUAAAGAAAGACAGAAUCCCAUAACGUUUUUCCUUGUAUACGUGUGACCUGCUUUCCUCCCAGGCCUAACUUAAAAGGCUUGUAGGGGCAGCGAAGGGCUGAGUCCGUAGUUCAACACCUGUAAGUCACAAACAACUAGUUCAACAACAGACUGACGCCUGUUUUCUGUUUUGUUUUCCUUGUUCUGAGAGGAGGACUCUUAAGGCGAGAAAAAGCUUUGUCUUUUGCAGCGCCUUUUUCUCAUUAUGAAUGCCUCAACAUGUUCCACAGAUCAAAUUUACAACUUGAAGUGGUUUCCAGUUACUUUAUUGCUAACUAGACGAUAAUACCGACAGUCUGAGGUAACGAACAAACAAAAAACAGUUUUUCUUAACGAAGACGCUGUCUCUCUGUGAGGGAGAGCCUUUUGACCUCUAAGGUUUUUUUCCCAGUCAGGAGUCGAGCUUUUUUGCACUCAAGUUCAGGGCAUGUUCUUUCAUGAGAUCCGCUUUUUUUUUCUUUUUAAAUCUGGAAACCACUUGAUCUGUGCACGACAGAAAAUUGCCUGCAAAGACUGUCAGAUCCUGCAUGGCGUUGGCUGAACCGGCUUGUGUUUUGCUCUGCAGAAACUAGAAGAAGAGAAGGACAAGCGGGAGAAGGAGCGGCUGGAGUUUGAGCGGGAGCGGAGGGAGCGGGAAAAGGAGCGAGAGCGGGAGAGAGAACGGCGGGACCGUGAGAGGGAGAAGGAGCGAGAGCGCGAGCGGGAGAGGGAAAGAGAGCGAGAGCGGGAGAGAGACCGAGACAAAGACCGUGAUCGCAGGACCCGAGAGAGGGAGCGAGACAGAGACUGGGAGAGGGACCGAAGCCGUGACCGGAGUCCUGACCGAAGCCGUUCAAGGUGAAGAAAUCCACCGUGUUGACUCAGUGCUUUUUCAUCCUGCUAAAGAGCUUCUGCUGACUUUACUUUACUGACGUCCUUCAAUGUUUUCUCACACACUGGAAUCAUGCUACAGACUUAACAUCCUGUUUGUGUCGUUUCCUGGUCGGAUAAAAGGAUAAGUUAAAAUUCUCACCUUUUGUUUUUGUAGGGAGGUGAGUCGAGACCGAGACAGGGAAAAGAAACGAGACCAAGAGGAUGAAGAGGAGGCGUACGAACGCAGGAAGCUGGAGAGAAAACUUCGAGACAAAGAAGCAGCUUAUCAGGAGGUACGACAGACUGGUGGAUGCUCCUCUCAUAUAGGACAUUAAAUUUAAUGUAUAAAUAAUCUGAAUAUCUGCAUGAGAAUUUAAAGUUAAUGGGAACCUCCAGGAUUAAAAACAAAGACCAACUCUCUCUUUUUAUCUGGUUGUUUUGGAUCAUGAUGGUUCUUUUUUCUCAUGUAACAGCGUCUUAAAAACUGGGAGCUCAGGGAAAGGAAGAAGGCGCGGGAUUAUGCCAAGGAGUCUGAGAGAGAAGACGAGCGUCGACGUGAAAUGGUGAGGAUAAAAUAAAGAUACUCCGGCGUUCAUGGAGCUGCCCUUACUAACUGUUGAAGUCCUGGACAUUCUCGCUCUCCUCCGUUAAUGAGUCAGGACCUUCUUUAAAGUAAAUGUAAUAAACUGAAUCCUCAGAUUGUUUUUGAGGGUUUCUCUUCUUUUAAACGUGUUCAGGUGAUGACGUUUGUGUGCUGUUAUAGUAUUUUUUAACUUCAGUGUGUCCCCGUGUGUCUCCAGAUGAAAGAAGGCAAACGGCUAAAAGAGUUUCUGGAGGAUUACGAUGAUGAAAGAGACGACCCCAAAUACUACAGGUAACCGUUUUACAGAGUCUAUGAACUGAGGCUGGAUAGAUAAAGAAAAACUUCAUAUUUAAGAUCAAAUAAGAUGGAAACAGGAAAAAAAUCCCUCAAAUGUUGAUGUUUCUGAGCCUCACAGCACCUUCAUGUGGAUAAAUCUGGAAGAGAGACGCAGCAGCAGAUGCUGUGACCCAGAUCUGACUCGCAGCAGCAGCAAAUGCAGCACUGCUGCUAUGGCUAUUGUUCUGAAGGCUGUAAUUUCCGGUGUGACCCCUAGGGGCAGUGCGCUGCAGAAGCGCCUCAGAGACCGAGAGAAGGAGAUGGAGGCAGACGAACGUGACAGGAAGAGGGAGAAGGAGGAGCUGGAGGAGAUCAGACAGAGGCUGCUAGACGAGGGACAUCCAAACCCAGACGCAGAGCUACGCAGGGUAUGACUCUGUGGAAGGAUCAUUGUGUGUGUGUGAGUGAGUGUGAGUGUGUGUGUCAUUGUGUGCAGUGAGAGAGCAUGCUGUGUGUUGUUUUUGUGAAGGUCACUUUAUCACAUGAAUCUCUCUGCUCCUCUGUUGUCCACCUUUCUUCAUCUGCUGACCUUCUCUCCUCGCUCUCUCUCUGUUGGGUGUUAAUCUGCCUUAAAUCUUCCUCUUAUUGGUGUAGAUGGAGGAGGAAGAGGAGGAGCGUCUGAGACAACCUCCUAUUAUCCAAGAGCCUGAGCCCGUGGUGGAACGGGAACGCCACAGGGGUUCAAGAGACCACCGGGACCGCAGACAAGACCACCAGGAGAGAGUAGAGGUCCGAACGAGGCCCGCCCACUCCGACGACGAGGUGGAGGAGGGCGAGGAAGAAGACUAUGACAACGAUGAAGAUAACCCUGACGUGAAACCAUGCUUGAAGCCGACGAUGCGGCCCAUCACGGCGGCGCCCUCGGUGUCAUCAGCUAGCGGGAACGUGUCCCCGAACACACCUGGGGAGGAGUCUCCGUGCGGCAUCAUCAUCCCUCAUGAGAACUCUCCUCCUGAGGCGCUCCCGCAGGAGGAGCACCGGCCGAAGAUCGGCCUCAGUCUCAAACUGGGUGAGUUUAAUCCGACCGAACAACACCGAGCGAGAAUCAAAGUUUACUGCUCUGGGAAAAUAAAAAUUAAUUUAGUGUUUUUGUUUAAUAGUAAGAGAUAAAAUCUUUUUUUAGCCUUUAUUAGGAAGAUUAAAAACUAAAAUCUUUGAGAGUCACAGAUACAGUCGACAUCUCUCCACAGACGACAGCUCUUAUCUCACAUUUCCCUGUUUGUAGUUUGUGAUAAAAUGUAUUUCUGUAUUUCUGUGAUUUUUAACCACAAACGUUCAUCCAACUUGAAAAGGGAACAAAGAUUCCUAAUGUUGAUUUUUCUUCAAUAAAAUAUGAGACAAAAACACUCCUCUGUCUUCGUCUGAAUUAAAGUUUUCUGAGAUUCCUGAGUCCUGCGGCUUAAAUCUAAAACGCCGUUGUCAUGUGACUCUUUUCAGGUGCCACAGGAAGUCCGAGUCAGCCCAACACAGGGAAGAGGAAGAAGCUGCCUGUGGACAGCGUCUUCGACAAGUUCGACGACGAAGAAGCUGACGAGCAGCCGCGCAAGAGGAAGCUGGUCCCCCUGGAUUACGACGAUGACAAGAGCCUCGGGGUGGACGGCGCCGGACUCUCCAGCAUAAAGGGCGCCAACUCGGAGGAGAAACGGAAACACAUCAAGAGUCUGAUCGAGAAGAUUCCCACAGCCAAGCCGGAGCUGUUCUCGUACCCGCUGGACUGGUCCAUGGUGGACGCGGUGAGCAGAUGAAUAUCAUCCUGAGACUGUUGAUGGAUCAGAAUACCUUCAUGCUCUCAUAUUUCAACACUUCUCCUUUUCAGACGUUAAUGGAGCGGCGUGUUCGGCCCUGGAUCAACAAAAAGAUCAUCGAGUACAUCGGGGAGGAGGAGCCGACGUUAGUGGACUUUGUCUGCUCGAAGGUAGAGAUCGUGUGUUUCUGUGAAUUUCACUUCAUUCAGACCAGAACAGAGAGAGGAGCGUGAGCUAAAGCCGAUAUUUUGUGUUUCCCAGGUGAUGGCUCACAGUAUGCCGCAGAGCAUCUUGGAUGAUGUUGCCAUGGUGAGUAACAUACUGCAAAAAUCAGCCUUUUUUCCACUCAUGUCGACGUUUUUAUUGUGGGAUUAUUUUGAGUGUUAAAUGAAUAAAUAAAUACACUUGGUUUAAGAGCAGCUUUAUAAUCAGCAGCAAGUAAAAAAGGUCAAAAUGCACUUUUGAUGAUCAGUGAACCAUCGAUCACUUUACUAAAACAAUCUCCUGUCAUAAUUUGAUAAAGUUGUAAAUGUUCUUUAUUUUUACCGCCCUUUACAACAACCCUUUCAGUGAACCAAAGUGCUUCACAAUACGUAGAAAAUUAUAACAACAAUAAAAACAGAAUAAAUUACAAUGCAAUAAAAUAAAGUGUCACUGCACUACUGGGUAUUAAAGGCAGCAUAAAUAAAUAAGUUUUCAAUCUGGACUUAAAAAGGCCCAGGUCAGAAAUAAGUCUUAUUUCAGUGGGGAGUUUAUUCCAGAGUCUGGGACCAGCGACUGAAACGUCUCGGUCAGCCCAGUGUUCGUGUAUUGACCUGGACACCUCCAGCAGAAGCUCAGAGCUCUACCCGGCUCCUGAACGGUUAAAAGCUCAGUUAAAUAGAUGUUGUAACUGUAUAUAAAUCUUCAUGUUGAACAGAAUGUCAACUAAAAUCAGACUUACCCUAAAGAUCCCCGCAGCUGUUGCCUUAACCCUUAUGUAACGGUGUGGCUAAAAAGAGCCACUUGGGGCAGAAUUUAGCCACCAAUUUCCACGUAACUUUUUUUUACUGCACCAAAUGGGAUGAUUUUUUUUGUGGAUGCUUAUAUUGAUGGACACUUUGAAAAUAUUACUUCAAAAUUUUCACCAGGUCAAAAAUAGGCGCUCGGCAAAAAAGCCACUUUUUUUGACUGCUGUAAAAACAUAUUGGAUUCAUAUUUUUUCCAGAUUUUUUUUUCAUAUAUCUCUUAAGUAACUUCUGCUCUAUUCAAAAAUGGUAAAUUUUUCAUGAAGCAUCAAAAUUUUAACCCUUUAAGGGCCAAUUUAAAAAAAAAAGUCACCAAAAUUGACUGGAGUGGCUUUUUUUUUAGCCACUGAGCGUUAAGAUAGGAUGUUUUUUGGAAAUCUGAUCCUACAUAAAAAACUUAAAGGGCAUCAAAGUCAAUGAUAUUACUAAUCCUUUACAUAUUCAAGACUUUAUUACCCUGCAAGAGAUUUCCAGUUUAGGAUGAUGUUUUCUAUUAAAUAUCAGUCAUUUUCUCCUAUUUUUUCCCAAUUUUGGUGACUUUUUUUUUUUAAUUGGCCCUUAAAGGGUUAAAAUUUUGAUGCUUCAUGAAAAAUUUACCAUUUUUGAAUAGAGCAGAAGUUACUUAAGAGAUAUAUGAAAAAAAAUCUGGAAAAAAUAUGAAUCCAAUAUGUUUUUACAGCAGUCAAAAAAGUGGCUUUUUUAGCCACUGAGCGUUGUAAAUUGCGACGGUUACACAAGGGUUAAAUCAGUCGGUAAUUUUGUCUCAGCUCCACAGAAAUCUCUCUUUUUCUUCACGUCUAACUCACUUUACUUUCUCAUCUUUAGGUUCUUGAUGAAGAAGCCGAAGUCUUCAUAGUGAAGAUGUGGAGGUUACUUAUUUAUGAAACUGAAGCCAAGAAGAUCGGACUGGUAAAAUAA